UUGGAGCUAACACGAAGCGGGUGUUUGGGAGCAAGGCUGAGCUGGACCAGAGUGAGAAAACUGUCUGUUCCCAACUUGCCGAACGUGUCGUGGGAACCGCAUCUGCUCUUUGCCUCAAGUGGAACAACAGGAAGGGUGAAAGGCUAAACCAUCGUAUUGUGUUCUGCAUUUGAAAGUGCUGGGAGAGGAGGAAAACCUUUUUGUUGGUGCUUCCUUGAGCAGGCUCCUGCAGCGUCCCCUGCCCUUUAUAGUGCCUCCAGGGUCAAGAUGCCCCACAGUCAGCACAUGGACCAUAAAAUGAAUGGCUCAGCAACGCCCACCCCAGAUCCUCAUGCACACCAUCAUACCACAGCAUCAUUGGAACACAUGCAUGAUGGAGGGAUGAUGGAUAUGACCUUCCACUUUGGCUAUAAGAAGGUGCCUUUGCUGUUUUCCGGGCUCAUCAUCAACUCAGCCAGAGAAAUGGCUGGUGCGUUUGUGGCCAUCUUCCUCCUGGCCAUGUUCUACGAGGGCCUGAAGAUUGCCCGCGAGAACCUCCUCCGGAAGUCACAAGUCAGCAUCCGCUACAACUCCAUGCCAGUCCCAGGACCAAAUGGCACCGUCUUGAUGGAGAUGCACAAAACAGUCGGGCAGCAGAUGGUGAGCUUCCCUCACCUCUUCCAGACCGUGCUGCACAUUGUCCAGGUGGUUGUCAGCUACUUCCUCAUGCUCAUCUUCAUGACCUACAAUGGCUACCUCUGCAUUGCUGUGGCAGCAGGCGCAGGGACGGGCUACUUCCUCUUCAGCUGGAAGAAGGCUGUCGUGUUGGAUAUCACAGAGCAUUGCCAUUAAUGCCAGGCAAGGGGCCUGAGCUUUACCUGCAGCCUCUGGCGAGGACCAGGUUCGGCCUCAGGCUUACUGGAAACCAUGCCAAGAACAUCC